ACAUUACAGUAGUACUUAGUCACCUCGAUCAGUCUUUCGCUCCUAGUAUAAAGUUCCAUGGCCGCCAGAAACCGAAUGAGGGCCUCUUCUCUCUGUCUGAUUCAUCAGACAUCCUAAGAUUCAACCACGAGUUGGUUGAAAGGAAAGUUGCUCUUUAUCGAUUUGUGACGAUGAUGCGGCUGGAGACGCAUUGUCUUCCAAUACAUAUUGAGUCUGAUGAUGGCGGUGAUGAGGUUGCAAAUAAAAUUGAGAUGGCAAAAAGGCGUAAGGUAAAGAUUGAUCAUGGGCGAACAACAAGCAGCAUAGAUCAUCAGGAGAUCAAGCAGGGUGCUUCUGUUUCUUGUUUGUGUGAUGUUUGUGCCAACUUUGCUGUGACAUUCAGUUUUACCGAUGAUGAAAUUGAAGGUUUACGGAAGGUCAAUACUCAUGAAAUGCUACAUCACAGAAAACUCCACCUGGUACUUAAUCUAGAACGCACCCUGCUGGAUCACGCGCAACUCAGUGAUCUGACCCCUGAAGAAGAUGAAUAUGUAAAGACUUUAACGAUGGAUCAUCCUCUGCCUCUGCAAGAUGUUCUCAAAGUGCAACAUUGUCCCCAAAUGAAGCCUAUAAUUGUCAAGCGUAGGCCCUUUGCGAGAGCCUUUCUGAAGGAAGCCAGCGACAUGUUUGAAAUUUAUGCAUACUCAAGUGCUUCUCGAUAUCUUGCGUGGAAAAUGGUUGAGCUACUCGAUCCUACAAAUGAGUACUUUGGUCGUAGAGUGAUAUCGCGUGAGGAUUUCGUUAGCACCUUAUUUGCAGGAAAGAAGUGUCUUGAUCUUGUGCUUGCUCAAGAGUCUACUGUUCUGAUCCUUGAUCAUAAGCAAGAGACAUGGACGGAGCAAAAUCAAAAUAAUAUAGUACUAACGCAAAAGUAUCAGUUCUUUAAAGGAAGGAGUGAACAGAACAGUGAGUUCAAGUCCCAUUGUGAGUUGAAAACUGAUGAGGGGGCGUAUCUUGCAGUGAUCCUUCAACAUCUUAAGCUAAUUCACAGCAGCUUCUUUGAUGAUCAAGUGAUGUGUGACAACCUUAUUGAAAGAGAUGUGAGGAAGGUGUUGAAAAAUCUUCCGCAACAGAAGCUGGCAGAGCAGUUGGGAACUACUUGUGAUGAACAAAUGGAUCUAUCGACCACACAGGUGGCUGGGGCUCACGUUGGACUACCUGCUCGUUCAUUGCAAAUGGAUUUUCCUGCUCGCUCACAGGAGGUUGCAAGUAAUUAUGAGAUGGCAAAAAGGCGUAACUUAACGAUUGAUCAUGGGGGAACAACAAGCAGCACAGAUCAUGAGGAGAUCGGGGUUGUUUCUGCUUCUUUGUGUGAUUAUUGUGCCAACUUUGCUGACAGAUACGGUUUUCUACACGAGGGGCUCUUAACCACCCUAAGUGCUGAACACAUUUACCGUUUGCGCAAGCACAACACACAGAAAAUGCUAGUCCACAAAAAACUCCACCUGGUAAUUAAUCUGGAUCACACCUUUCUGAGUCACACAAGGCUUAGUGAUCUGACCCCAGAAGAAGCAGAAAAUAUAAAGGUCCAAGAAGAUUCCCAAGAUAUUUUCACAGUGCGAGUUCCUCCAAAAAUGAAACCUAUUAUUAUCAAGUUCAGGCCCUUUCUGAGAACCUUUCUGAAGGAAGCCAGUGACUUUUUCGAAAUUUAUGCAUAUGCAAAUGCUCCUCGAUCUCUUGUGUGGAAAAUUGUUGAGCUGCUCGAUCCUAGAAAUGAGUACUUCGGUCGUAGAGUGAUAUCGCGUGAGAGCUUUUAUAGCACCCACCGAGGAAAGAAGUCUCUUGAUCUUGUGCUUGGCCAAAAGUCUGCUGUUUUGGUGGUUGAUGAUGAAGAAGAUGGAUGGCAGGAGAAAAAUCAAAAUAAUGUAAUGCUACUGGGAGAGUAUUGUUUCUUCAAAAAGACGAGUGGCAAGAAGAGAAAACGGAAGUCCCUUUGUGAGUUGAAAUCUGAUGAACGGGCUGCUUCUCUUGCAUCUCUUCUUAAACAGCUUAAGCAAAUACACAACAGGUUCUUUAAUGAUGAAAUAAUGUGUGACAACCUUUUCGACAGAGAUGUGAGGGUGCUGUUAAAAAUUGGGUGGGACUCUAAUAUUGACGAUAGCCUUCAGUUUUGGAGGAAGGCAGUAUCAAAUUGUAUGCGAAAAAAAUUUGUGGCGUCCCUUAAUUAUCAACAGAAGAAUUUGGCGGAGCAGUCAUUCAGAGCUACUUGUGUUGAGGAACAAGCGGAUGAUCCAUCAUCAUUGGAGGUUGCAGAAGCAGCUCAUGUUGGAAAGUCACCUGCUCGUUGGUACCAUCUGAGUUGGAUUGACACAUCACUCCGUUUGUGGCAGAAGAGUAAUGUAGAAAAGAACCCUGUUUUGAUUGAGGAUAGCGAUUUUACCUGCAGCUCAUGCAUCACAACUUUUUGUAUAUGAACUUGAAGUAACGGUGACUGAUGGUGCUAAUUUACAUCUUCUUUGUUGUAGUGAAUUUGAGUUUGACAUAUAGU